AUGCCGUUCGCUAAGCCCACAGUCGAGGAUAACGAUGAUAGCAGAGUGUUGGGAUAUGAUCCGUUGCUCUCGCCUCAAUUCCUUCAGACGGAGGUGCCAGUGUCUACCGCUGCGGUAGAAACCGUCCGAUCAAGCCGUAAGGAGGUUAUUGAGGUCAUUGAACAGCGUGAUGACCGCCUUCUCGUCGUCUGUGGCCCAUGCUCAAUUCACGACCCUGCUACAGCGCUCGAGUACGCUGAACGCCUAAAAGCACUGUCCGAUAAACUGAAGGGAGAUCUCUGUAUCAUCAUGCGAGCAUACUUGGAGAAGCCUCGAACGACUGUUGGGUGGAAGGGACUGAUCAAUGAUCCCGACAUCGAUGAAUCCUACAACAUCAAUAAGGGACUUCGCAUCUCCCGAAAACUGUAUGCUGAUCUUAACGGUAUGGGUAUGCCAAUUGCAAGCGAGAUGUUGGAUACAAUCUCGCCUCAGUAUCUGGCCGAUUUGAUAUCUCUGGGUGCCAUUGGUGCCCGUACCACUGAAUCCCAGCUGCAUCGUGAGCUAGCUUCGGGUCUCAGUUUCCCAAUUGGGUAUAAGAACGGCACAGACGGAAGUAUUGGGGUUGCAAUUGAUGCUAUUGGUGCUGCAGAGAAGCCUCAUCGCUUCUUAGGAGUCACCAAGCAAGGCCUGGCCGCUAUCACCAAGACAACAGGCAACGAGCAUGGGUUCGUCAUCCUUCGCGGUGGCACAAAGGGCACCAAUUAUGACGCAGAGAGUAUUGCUGCUGCCCGUGAGCAGCUAGCGAAGAAGAAACAGCGUGAGAUCCUCAUGGUUGAUUGCUCGCAUGGUAACUCCAAGAAGGACCAUCGAAAUCAGCCUCUGGUCGCUCAGUGUGUCGGCGACCAGUUGCGCAAGGGCGAGGAGGGUAUCAUCGGAGUCAUGAUUGAGUCCAAUAUUGCUGAAGGCAACCAGAAGGUUCCUCCAGAAGGCCCGUCCGGCCUCAAGAAGGGUGUCAGUAUCACCGAUGCCUGUAUCAACUGGGAAACCACAGUCGAUGUCCUCGAACAGCUCGCCGAAGCUGUGCGUACAAGAAGGGAAGUUCGUUCAAAGAAGGAAUAG